AAUACUAUAUGACCUUUUGGUACAGGGUAGGCUAACAUAGUUGAAGUUCGUCUGUGUUAUCAUCGUACCAGUUGUCCUAAUUGAAGUAGUUACAAGCAUCCAUCGUCUCUCCCGUUUUAAUUUAGUGCCACGGUUUCAAAGAGAGAUCUUGAUUAUUCAGAAGCAUGAAGUGCAUCAUCGUCACACUCCUUAUUCUGGCAGUUGCAGGCCUGUCUUAUGGAACUGGUCAACAACUCAAGUGCAAGGCUUGUAUAUCCUUACAAACCCAGCCUGAUCUCAUUGGUCUGUCAUGCAAUAUGAGUAAUCUACCGGAAGUGACGUGCUGGAAGAACAUGACCGCUUGUGGACGGGCUACAAUCAAUGGGGCGGGAAUAGUAGAUCCCAAUCUACCUGCGCCAGUAGCCUUCAAUGCUACCAUUUUUGGAUGUGUGCAGAAAAUAAAAAAUAACAGUACAUGCAGUGAAGAUAACGAUGCCCGAUCCGACUUGCUUGGAAAUAUUUUGAAUUAUCGCGAUGACUAUGGUAUCUCUGACACAGCGGCUCCGCUCAUAGAAAGUUUGCCAAUGAUAUUUCAGGCAGACACAACCAUCCUGUAUGCAAACACUGUAUGCCCCCUCAACGGGACUAUUGUUGGAGGGGCUGGGUCUCUUCGUACCGACGCCGUCGUCGUCGUUGCCGCUCUUGUUAUGGCUAUUUUUGCUAAGGAGUUUUGAGAUUGCAGGGACUUCCCUGAUUCUUCUUAUUCUUCUUCUCCCUCUCUUUCUUCUCCUUUUUCCUCCUCCUUCUCCUCCCCUCUUCUUUUCUUAUUCUUCCUCUUCUUUUUCUUCUUCAAAUAAAAAAAAACACAGUGCAUUUGUUUCUCGAAGUGAAAUUCGAAAAAGAUUAUGUGGGUUUUUUCAUAUUAUAUAUAUGUUAUCAUUAGUAUUGUUCAUAUAGUACUGUUGCUUAAGAAGAUAAUUUGAAUAUGCACAUUCGCUGGAUUCAAGAGGGCGCUGUUGGACGGUGC